AUAGAAUAAUGGCUUAUUCAACCAGUAAAAAAUUACUUAUAGGCCUUGGCAUUAUUUGUGCUGUGGUAUGCGGUCAGAUAAUCAUACUAUCCCAAAGUAGCUUCCAAACAAAAGCAAUUGUUAUGAGAGCUAAUUUUGUUGUGAUUAUGGAGACAGUUAUUUUCCUGUUUUCUUUUCUGAUUUGGAGAACUACAGCAUAUAUUUUCGACGCUAGCUAUCUUCAUGAAAGUUUUGCUUCAAAUUCAAAUGGAAACGGUGAUUUAACCAGUGCAGGACUGUUUGGUAGGGGACAAUUAAGAAAGAAGAGCAAGAAUUCUGACAUUGAUCUUUCAACAUUUGACAGAAGAGAAACUGCAUCAUCGUCAACAUUGUCAAUCUCAUUUUUGUGGAAACUAAUUUUGCUUUUUUAUUUAGGAGUAUGUCAUGUCAGUUAUUUCACAAAUUUAUUUUUAAUUUCAAAAGAUCCUCACUGGUUUAGCAUGCUUACCUAUGCUUGUCUAGGAUCUUUUAUCCAACUCAACACUGGCUUAUUAAUGUUCAAGUCGCUCUCUUAUAUAUUGAAAUUAUCAAGCAGACAUAUACACAUUAACUGUCAGCUCACUAGAAAAAAAGUUGCUGUGUUUUCACUUGUCUAUAUGUUAUGUGCCUCUAGCUUAGGUUUAUAUAAGGCUUCACAGCCACCAGUGGUAUCAAAUGUUGAAAUUUCAAUCCAUAAUUUGCCUAAGAACCUGGAGGGAUUAAGCAUCGUUCAACUCAGUGAUAUACAUUUGGGACCAACUGUUGGAUUCGUUAAGCUAGAAAAGAUUGUUGAAAUUGUUAAUGGAAUUAAGCCAGGUAAAUGUUUAAUGAAACACAAUAUUACUGCACCUGUACACUAAAGCUUGUGUCAUUUUUUUUAGAAUCAACAACAUACUGGCUACACAUGAAACAAAAUGAUAUAUACUAUAUAAUAAUAUAAUAUAGCUUAUAUCUAUUAUCUGCGGGGACAGCUUGAUGACACUGGUCUUUGGCUUUAAAAAAUAAUAAGCAACUAAUAUCAGCUGGGGCCAUCGGUUCUAUGGUCCAUAGAUAUUAUGUAUGGAAAAAAAUCAUAGUUUCAUAUUAUUAUUAUAAGUGAUUUUAUAUAGUGUGGUAUCCCAGCCUAUGGUUGGGCUCACCACGCUGUACAUACAAUUUAACAAACAUAAUCAAAAACUUAAAAAAUUAAUUAACAUACAUUAAUUAAAUACCGUAAACCAAAACAAAUGUAUAUUUAAAACUAUUUACUUGUCAAGCCAUAUCCUUCUACUCCCUCUUGCAACCAUACAUUUUUUGACCGCCCCUCCCCUACUCCCUCUUGCAACCAUUCAUUUUUUGACCGCCCUCCCUCCCUAUGAUUUGUUCAAAUGAGCCUCUCACACCACCCUCCCCCCAAAAAACAAAAUAAAAGCAUUUAAAAAAAAAAAAAGUCGUGAUUUAGAGCAGAGCUCAGAGCUAUAAAUUUCUUGGUGCUUUAAACUCCAAAAUUUGAAUAAAUUGAUUGAAAAACAUAAGUUUGUACUUUGUAAUUUUUAAAAGUUAAUUUAUUUAAGUUGAUGCCCUAUCAUUCUACCAACUAUGUUGCCCCCACUCUUCUGCAAGUUAUAAUGCCCCACUCUUUUUUAUCUUUAUUGCCCCUCUCUUCUGGCAGCUACGUUGCCCCACCCUUUUACAGCUCCGUUGACCCAUUUUUUUAACAGCUAUAUUACAGCACAUCGAUGUUGCCCUAUUCUUCAUCCAGCUUUUUUGCCCCCAAGUUUCUACCAGCUAUGUUGCCCCACUCUUCUACCAACUUUUUUGCCCUACUCUUCUACCAGUAAUGUUGCCGCACUCAUCUAUCAGCUGUGUUGCCCCACUAUUUUAAAUCUUUGUUACCUCACUUUUCUACCAGCUGUGUUGCCAUACACCUCUACCUUUUAAGUUGCUGAUACAAGCAUUUUUAUUUUCUAAUGCCUAUUGAAUGAGAUGGUUAAGUGACAAUGAUAAACACAUUUCUUUUAACACUUAGCAGCCCCCUUCAACCACCCUACCCCCCCUUUUAAUUUUUGCUGACAGUGAUUUUUCUGGAGCAGACCUCGGACCAAAAACCCCUGAUCCAAAUCCCUAAUUAUGGUUUUUGAAAAUUUUGAUGCAUAAGUAAAAGACCAUUUUACAAAGUCACUGUAACAUAUAAUAAAAUUGUAACUGACUUUUCUCCCCUUGCCUGUUUGUCAUGGUGAUUUUUCUACAUUCUAAAUAUAAUCUUUGGUUCAGCUGAACAAAAUAAUUAGGUCAAAAAUUGUGCAAAGAAACAUAUGGUGGAGUAACAUGUUACCGGGCUCAAUAUUACUGUUGCGAUAUCUGGAUAGUUCAUUUGUGAAAACUCAAAGCAUUUGUACGACGAUAAUUAAUUUUAUAGCCUUUGAAUAUACCAUGUUGUUCUGAUUAUGAGGCCGCUCCUGAUUAAUAACCACAUUCUUAACUUGAUAUUUCUUAUGGUUGUUCGCAUAUACCAGUAUUUAUAUUUUUAUGUUUUUUUAACAUCUCCAUUGUUGGCCGUUAUCCUACACUCAGAACAAUACAGUAAUUAGAAAUCACGUUCAUAGAUUUUUAGGUGACAGUUAUCCUUAUUAGAUAUUUAUAAAAUUUUAAUAUUCUUUGUAUAGAUUGUCAGAAUUUCAAAUUGAUUAUUGUAGGAUUUAUGCAUAUUUGCAUAUACACAUAUUAUGCUGAGACCUCUCACCAGAGACAUCCAUACAAACCCCUCCUCGCUACUUCUCAGAGCAUACAUAAUAUAUGGAUGACCCCUUAAUAAUUCUGACUGCAACUGAAUGUCAGCCUAUAUUCAAGGAGAACAUUAUCACACUUUCAAUUCCAAAACUGUCAUGUAUUUGGCUGAACAUGAAUAGCUCAUAGGUCCAGAAUCAAAACCAUCCUAUACAACACAACCCACCUAAAUUUAUAUGAGCUAACAUAUUAUCAUUAGCAUCUGGUUUGGUUCAUAUAACACUUAAUUGUGGAGAGUAUAAUUAUUAUGUCCACAGAUAUUGUCGUACUGACAGGAGAUUUGGUGGAUAGUUCGGUUCAACGACUGGGAGGGGCAGCAACCCCACUUGGUUCUGUUAGAUCAAAAUAUGGAAACUUCUUUGCAACAGGUAUACACAAUUGUCAGAUUUAAUCUGUAUUUUAGUUGUUGAUUUGAAUGAUCUAAUCUGUAUUUUAGUUGUUGAUUUGAAUGAUCUAAUCUGUAUUUUAGUUGUUGAUUUGAAUGAUCUAAUCAGUAUUUUAGUUAUUGAUUUGAAUGAUCUAAUCUGUAUUUUAGUUAUUGAUUUGAAUGAUCUAAUCUGUAUUUUAGUUAUUGAUUUGAAUGAUUUAAACUGUAUUUUAGUUAUUGAUUUGAAUGAUCCAAUCUGUAUUUUAGUUAUUGAUUUGAAUGAUCUAAUCUGUAUUUUAGUUAUUGAUUUGAAUGAUCUAAUCUGUAUUUUAGUUAUUGAUUUAAAUGAUCUAAUCUGUAUUUUAGUUAUUGAUUUGAAUGAUCUAAUCUGUAUUUUAGUUAUUGAUUUGAAUGAUCUAAUCUGUAUUUUAGUUAUUGAUUUGAAUUAUCUAAUAGCGGCUAAUUACAUCAGACUUCUUUGGUAAAUCUCUCUGUAAAAUGUUGCACACAAAUUUAUUUAAAUUAAAAUAAAUUUUAUAGAAAUUUAAAUAUUCAAACAAUAUAAUUUAUAAUAUGGCAAUAGUUAAUUGUUCAGGGAUUUGAAAUAUCUACUUCAGAUCUUUAAGAAAAACAAUGUCAGAUGAAAAAUUAAAAAAUACAUAAGAAAGCAAAUAUAAUUCUUGUUGAUGUACGGUAUUUAUACCAGAGACAAAUAAGUAAAUUUUUUUGCAUGACCAUUCUCUAUGUGUAAUCCUAUUUAACAGGUAAUCAUGAAUACUACACUGGGGAUGUUGACAAUUGGUUCCAAGUUAUCUCCAGCCUUGGCUUCACUGUCCUGCACAACAGUCAUGUUGUCAUACCCAGUCAAGUGUCUGAAACAGAAGGUCAGAUAUGUCUGGCUGGAACAGAUGAUGUUCAGGCAGAUAAAAUAGGGUAGGUCUGGAAUGAACUAUUGCUCAAUUUCAUAUGAUAUAAAUAUUCUAUUCAAAACUAACUUAAAUGUGUCUGUAUUUCACAGCUGUAAUCAAUGCUUAGCCUAAUGUUCCUCAUCCAUGUUUAGCCUAAUAUUUGUAAUCCAUAUUUAGCAUAAUGUUUGUAAUCCAUGCUUAGCCUAAAGUCUGUGAUCCAUGAUUAGCCUAAUGCAUGUAAUCCAAGCUUAGCCUAAUGUCUGCAAUCCAGACUUAGCAUAAUGUUUGUCUAAAACUGUGAACUUAUCAUAAGUUAAAAUGGUAUAAUGAAGAUAUUUUCGAAUCAAAUAAUUUCACUUGAGUGGGGAGAAAUAAACCCUUUCAUGAAUAUAAAAUUAUUAGUUUUCCAUCAUCAGAGAAAGUAUGAAAUCAAUAUUAUGCUACAUACUGAUCCAAGCAGUACAUUUUUAUUCACACACCUUAAAUUUAACAUCAGACAGGUGAAAUAGCCACAUAAUGAGAGAUAUUUGACAGUGGAUACAAACUAAAUAAUACAAAAAUUUUAUCAAAUUCUGUUUUGUUUGUGAACUGUUUAUCUAUAAACUGUUGUUAAAAAAAAAAAAAGUUAAGAAAUGUAAAAAGUACUUCCUGCUGACCACAAGAAUAAACACUAUCGAUUUUAAUGGGAUCUUUUAUUAACCAAGGUAUGGUGAUCACAAGUUUGACCUGGGGAGUGCUGUUGGUUCGUGUUCUCAAGAACGGCCAGUCAUUCUUUUGGCUCACCAACCUGCUGCAGCAAAAAUUGCUCUGGACUCAAAAUACAGAAUAGAUCUUGUUCUGUCUGGUAAGUCUAGUAAUUGUUGAGCUAAUAUUCUUUGGAAAUUAUACAGUGCCAUUCUAGCUUGUGUAUUAAUUUUAAGUCACCAGUAAAUUCACCCUUUUCAUCUUAUGAGUCUUGUCAUCUCAUGAGAUUAAGUCUUGUCAUCUCAUGAGAUUAAGUCUUGUCAUCUCAUGAGAUUAAGUAUUGUCAUCGCAUGAGAUUAAAGCUUGUCAUCUCAUGAGAUUAAGUCUUGUCAUCUCAUGAGAUUAAGUCUUGUCAUCGUAUGAGAUUAAGUUCUGUCAUCUCAUGAGAUUAAGUCUUGUCAUCUCAUGAGAUUAAGUCUUGUCAUCUCAUGAGAUUAAGUCUUGUCAUCUCAUGAGAUUAAGUCUUGUCAUCUCAUGAGAUUAAGUCUUGUCAUCUCAUGAGAUAAAGUCUUGUCAUCUCAUGAGAAUAAGUCUUGUCAUCUCAUGAGAUUAAGUCCUGUCAUCUCAUGAGAUUAAGUCUUGUCAUCUCAUGAGAUUAAGUCGUGUCAUCUCAUGAGAUUAAGUCUUGUCAUCUCAUGAGAUUAAGUCUUGUCAUCUCAUGAGAUUAAGUCUUGUCAUGGCAUGAGAUUAAAGCUUGUCAUCUCAUGAGAUUAAGUCUUAUCAUCGCAUGAGAUUAAGUCCUGUCAUCUCAUGAGAUUAAGUCUUGUAAUCUCAUGAGAUUAAGUCUUGUCAUCUCAUGAGAUUAAGUCUUGUCAUCUCAUGAGCUUAAGUCUUGUCAUCUCAGGAUAUUAACCCCUUUCAUCUCAUGUUAUAAUUAUAAUAAUAAUCUACAGAAAAUCCUUUUUUUUUAAAGUUCAAAUAUUGGAAUAAUUUGUGCUGAAACAUUUGACUUUAAUUUGGUGUAUCUGCAAACCUAGAUGCCUUGUACAAAAUAUUUUAGGAAGUAAUUUCUAGAAAAUGCUAUUUUUCUCCUGAAGGUCAUACGCAUGGAGGCCAAAUAUUUCCUAUGAUUAUUGGAGCUUACUUACUGAACCCAUUUUAUGCUGGCUUGUACGAGUACGGUGGAAAAGGAAGAUACGUUUAUGUCUCCCAAGGCACACAGUAUUGGGGGAUCCCCAUGAGAAUAGCAACAUCUAUGGAAGUUACAAGAAUUGUUCUACAUGCAUCUAUACCAUAAAUAACCACUGUUUUGUACUCAUAAUUUAAAAAAAAAAUAGAAUAUAUAAAUAUAGGUGUUGCUGAGCAGCUGUUACAUGUGAUCAAAGAUAUUUCUUUCUAUAUAUUACUAAAAGAAAUAUCCACAUAAUAUUAUCUAAUUGUCUUAAGAUAUUGCAAAUCUUUCAAAGCUAAUUGUGAGUUAAGUUAUUCACCAAAUUUAUUGGUAAUAAUUUAUCUAUCUUUUU